UGAUCCCAGAAAAGCAUUUGAUACAGUGGACAUCGAUCUAAUGUUAAAUAAGUUGUACAAGAUGGGUUUCCGAGGUGUAUGUCAUGACCUGCUCAAAUCAUACUCGGAAAACAGAAUAAAUUUUACAGCAGUUAACAAUCAGUAUAAUGAAAAACAAUAUGCAAAGAUUGGGGUUGCUCAAGGAUCUGUCCUGGGUCCCCUACAAUAUUUAUUGUAGGGUGAGUGCGCCAGUUAACCGACCGCCCCCCGUUUUCGACCGGUUCCGAAGAUAUUUCAUUAUAAUAAGAAAACCACUCCACUAAUAAAUAUUCUAAGUCCGUUCCUGCAAAAGUUCGUACUUUUCCCGCGCAUUAAUACAGUUUCUGCCGCCUUACGGCAAUAACUUAAACUCCAAAUGUCAAUCAGUUUACGACCAGGUAUCUACUAAGCAGUAUCGACCGGUUCUGGAAAGAGAAAAACUAGUGAAGAAGGCUUUACAAAACAAUACAAAAUGCCAGCUAACAAAAAAACUGCAAGUUUAAAAGAAAAAAACAAAAAUAGACAAAUUGAGAAAAAAAAGAAAUUUCAAUACCCGAAAGAGGCGUUAAAAAGAGCCCUAUUUGAAAUUCAAGAAGGAAACAUGUCCGUUAGAACUGCAAGUAGAGAAUUUAGAAUUCCGAAAACCACAUUGCAGGACCACAAAUCCGGAAAAAUCCCUCAAAUUCAAGGAAAAACUGGACCACCACCUUUACUCACUACUGAAGGCGAGGAAAAAAUAGCCAAUUGGUUAGUGAGCUUAGCGAAAUGUGGCUUUCCUUUGAAAAAGACCGAUUUGCUUGAUACGGUGGAGACUGUCCUAAAAAAUACUGGUAGGGAAAAUCUCUUUAAAGACGGACGACCAGGCCAAAAGUGGUACCUGAGUUUUUUAAAAAGGCAUCCCGUUAUAGCUACAAGGGAGGCCGAAAGUAUUAACAAGGCUCGAGCGGUAAUAACCGAAGAAGGGAUAAGACUAUGGUUUGCUGAUCUUAAGAAUUACUUGGUGAAAAACAACUGCGAUGAUAUUUUGGAAGAUCCAGACAGAAUUUUAAACGGAGACGAGACUGGUUUUUCACUCUGUCCAAAGACAGGCAAAGUGCUAGCUCCACGCGGAUGGAAGAACGUUUAUUCGGUCAAGAUUGGGAACGAAAAAGAUAAUAUAACGGUUCUUCUGGUUUUUACAGCUAGUGGUAAAAUAGCACCUCCGUUAGUUUUAUUCCCCUAUAUUAGGCCACCGAAAGCCUUACUCGCGAGUAUGCCGCCAAACUGGAUCCUAGGUAGGUCUGAUAGUGGAUGGAUGAGAGGUGACAAUUUUUUCGAUUAUAUUGCAAAUGACUUCAAUGAAUGGGUGACACAAAUGCAAUUGAAGCGACCUAUUUUAUUACUGAUAGAUGGGCACAAAUCACACAUGACUAUGCAACUCAGUGAGUUCUGCCAUCAAAACGGCAUUAUUCUUUAUGCUCUGCCUGCUAAUACUACUCAUAUCCUACAACCCGCAGAUGUCAGCGUUUUCAAGCCGCUGAAAACAGAGUGGAAGAAAACAGUCAGAGAGUGGCAGAACCGCCCCGAGAAUAUAAACAUUUCGGUGAAUAAAAUAAACUUUUGUCGGGUUUUACAAGAAGCGAUCGAAAAGGCAAACAUGAAUCAACACAUCAUCAAUGGCUUCAAAAAAUGUGGAUUAUACCCCUUCGAACCGAAUAGUGUUGAUUAUACGAAAUGCGUUCAGAACUUCAUAAGACAACAUACAAGCCAACUGAAAAGUGUUCAAAACCCUCAAAUAACAGCAUACGAGGUACUUACGGCGAAAAAAGUUGUUGAAACGAUAAGGGAAAAACUAACGGAAAAUGGAAUAAAUGUAGAUUUUAUAGUUGAAACAAUUUCCAAUUUAGAAAAAGACAAAGAGCAACCUGGCGAUUUGUUAGUAGGUGCUGUGCUCCCAAUGGAUAUCUUUGAAAUUGACCAUAACCCACAAAUAAUUUUGAGGGAUUAUGAAAUGCAAGAAAUGGAAGAAAAUGAAAUAAUUAUUACAGAACCAGAGGAAGUGAAUGAAAAAGCAAGUAAUGAAAAUCCCUAUGACCACUAUGACGAAGAAGAACUUCCAUCAUUCCAAAUCUCAAGCUUGCCAAUUCAGGAAGAAGAAAUUAACAAUAAUGAAGACGAUACGAACAAUGAGUGCAAUGUAUUAAGCAACAUUGAUGAUUCUAAUAAUGCGAACCAGGAGGACAUCAUACCUGAAAAUGUGAGUGAAGCAACACCACCAGAAUACCAGAUAAAGGACACAGACCCAAUAGCGAACAAUAAGACGGAAUCUAAUAGUGAAUCGGAUAAAUUGGAAAAUGCAAAUAAAGAAGCAGAGCCAGAAUCCCAAAGAAAUAAAAUAGACUCAGACCAGACUGAAUUUGACGUUGAGCCAGAUAAAUUGGAUUUUAAUAACCGAAAAGAAGAGUCAGAGCAAGAAAUUAAGACAAAUUUGAAAAGUAGUACCCUAAAUAAUGAAUGUAAAAUAAAAGAAAUAUUAAGCAAUACAGAAGAACUUGAACAAAACGAGAGAGAAGUAGAAGACAGAUCCGUUAAAACGAACUGUGAUAAUAAGAGCGAUACCCAAGAAAUAAAUGUACCUGAAAAAAAUAGUAGUGAAGUAAGCGGCAAUACAGAAAAAAAACAAGCAAUAAGAUAUGUUACGUACCAUUAAGUGUGUCCAUUGAAAAUAUUUUAAAG